AGAGACUUUAGUGGAGGCGCGAUUUAGGGUUUUCGGCUUUGUGCAGAGCUUUAAUACAUACAUCUCUGUAUCCUCAAGAGUGCCUCUGGAGCUCAACCAUGGCAGAACAGACGGAGAAGGCAUUUUUGAAGCAGCCGAAGGUGUUCUUAUGCUCGAAGAAAUCGGGAAAGGGGAAGAGACCAGGAAAGGGUGGGAAUCGCUUCUGGAAAAGCAUUGGGUUGGGGUUUAAGACACCCAGAGAGGCAAUUGAAGGAACUUAUAUUGACAAGAAAUGCCCAUUUACUGGUAAUGUUUCUAUUCGAGGCCGUAUUCUUGCUGGUACUUGCCACAGUGCCAAAAUGAUGAGGACCAUCAUUGUUCGGCGGAACUACCUUCACUUUGUGAAGAAAUACCAAAGAUAUGAGAAGAGGCAUUCGAACAUCCCAGCCCACGUUUCCCCAUGCUUUCGUGUGAAGGAAGGAGAUCAUAUUAUUAUUGGACAGUGCAGGCCACUUUCCAAGACAGUAAGGUUCAAUGUCUUGAAGGUCAUCCCAGCUGGGUCCUCUGGAGGUGGGAAGAAGGCUUUCACAGCUAUGUGAGAUUUUAAAUGUUCAGAUGGGGGGAUGAUACUGUCACCAUUGAGAUUAUUAAUUAAUUCACCGUAUGACUCUUGUUUCAUUCAUAUGAAAGAUUUUGCUUUCGUUCUUGAUUCUGUUGAUGAAAUUAUGAGUUGUUAGUUGGAAGUCUCCAUUAUCACAAUUUUGACGAUUUCUGUCAGUUGCUUUAGUAUCUUGGAUGCUUCUGAUUCAGUUCUUCAUGUUGGAACUUCAACCCUUUUUUAUUAUUUCUCUCACCCCUUAGGUAAAGAAAUGUGAUUUCAUUAAAGGGCUCAACCGUUUACAUUAAAGGUGAAUCUACAAUCCUUCAAAAAGCUAUAGUUGGAUGCCUUUUUUCUUUUUGGGUCUUCUUCCAUUGUUGAAUGCUCCAACUUUAAAAAGAAUGGAAUUCACGGUCAAAAUGAAAUGUUAGUACAAGCAAUCAAAAGGAAAUUUCACACCUGACAAUGCAAGACAUACUAAAGAGUCCUCUCAAAGGUGUCUUAAGGAUUCCGUGAUGCACAUGCUAAGAGUGGCAAGGAAGCAAAGUUGGGUUGAGAGCCCUUUUGAAGUGGUGGGUUCGACUUCUCCCAUCCUAUGAUAACCGAAGUCAAUAAAUCAGAAACGGCAGUUUCUCAAAUCUCUAUGUUAAAUAAGGUUAGGUUGCAGGCUUCAAUUCACAUAUUUAUUGCUCUGCUGCUUUACAGGGUGUUGUCUACCCUGAUAUCAAUUACA